AUGAUGGCUAGUGCUACAGAGGGAUCGUCCAACGACCACACAGGAACUCCAACGCGUCAGCGCAAGGCUCCUCGACAAAAUGCCCAUACGAGCGUGCUAGGAAUGGACGGAACUGACUUGCAAGUCCCGCCAACAGGUGCCGCCAUCAUGAAUGGCAAUAGAGGCACUCCCAAACGAAAAGAAGCACCGACGAAUGCGUCAAUGAAUGUCGAACAAGGGGAAGCUUCGGCGCACAAUAGUAUCAGCAGCAACAACAGCCUUGGCAACAGCAAUCGAGAGGAUCCAAUGAUCUCAGGACUCGGAGCAUUACCAGACUCUCGAACCAGUUGGUGGGGAAAGGUUUGGGGAGGAAGUUACAAUCAAAUUGCUCCACAGCAGCCGACUGGUGCGGAUGCUACUCGCUAUGCAGCCGAUUCGCUGAUGCGAGCCGAAAACGGAUUCGAUUUCAUCGGUGGAGCACCCACGGUAGAAGACCAACUCCGACAAGACUGUCAAUUCUUUUACCAAGGGUUCGACGAUCAACCCUCGCCACAUCAAAGAACGAGGUUUCGACCCUUUUCUUCUCCUCGAAACGCGUCAAUGAGGAGCAAUAGCCGGGCGGGGGCUUUGUUCUAUGCUAAAUAUGAACGAUUGAAUCAAGAAUUGAAAGAUUACGAUCAACACGACUUGGCGUUGGAAGUAGAGGGUGGGCCCGUCCACCCGGUACAUAUGCGACUCAAUUCUGACACCUCCAUCAAUGUCUUGGAUGUGCAACAUUCUUGUCUAUUCUAUGAGCAAGAUGGAAAACUAUUGAUGAAAUUACCGAGAGAUCAGAUGCGAUUGAUGAUGGACCACGAUUUGGAGCCUGGCAUUGUGUCCGUAGAGCAGUGGAGAAAGGCCGAAGACCAAUACCAGGGUCUGACUGCGAUAUCGCAGAUGGAAAUGACACCUCCGCUCAAGUAUGUACUAACAGUCCCAGAUGAUCUGUAUCGACGAGUUGUUUCCGAGAUGAGCUAUCGAUUGAUGCCACCUUGUUGGGGUUUCUUCAAGUGUUGUCACUAUCAUGAUGAUACUGACCACGCCGACAUUCGAUUAGCCUUGCUCAUACUGGCUAUCACGUUCACUCUAAUUUUUGGUUUUACGAUAGAGUGGCGAACGACAUGA